UUCUUAUCUCUUUCCCUUUGUCUCGUUUAUUCUUCUUGUCGUUUUUCCAUCGCAUUCCAAAACUCUCCGUUUCAAAACAAAAGCAAUAUUAACAAUAGUUAAGGUGGUCGUGAUCCUCAACCGCAGAACCAUGAUGCGGUUUGUGAUGACAAGCUCCAAAGAUGUUUCCAUGUUCUUCAUCUUCGUGUCCCUGGCUUUCAUGAAUUGCUUUCAACACUUUGGAUCCAACGCUCAACCCAUUCCACAAGAAGAAGUGAAAUUACUAGGAGCAAUAUCAGAGAAGCUAGAGAACGUGAAUUGGAAAGUUACAGAACGUUCCUGCAACGGUGGUGGAGGAUUUGAUAACAGGAAAAUAUCAAGGGAUCAGGAUCAAAUCAUAAGGAAUGUCACGUGUGAUUGCACUUUCAACAAUAACACCAUUUGCCAUGUGACAUCCAUUGCACUCAAGGGUAUCAAUGUAUCUGGACCAUUACCCGAUGAAUUUGGAAAUCUAACUCAUCUGAAAAUACUUGAUCUCACUCGGAAUUAUCUCAAUGGCUCAAUUCCAAAAAGUCUUGGACGCCUCUCUUCACUUGUCACUCUAUCACUUUUGGGAAAUCGACUUACUGGUUCAAUUCCCCCAGAAAUUGGUGAUAUGGCUAGUCUGCAAGAACUGAACUUAGAAGAUAAUCAACUUGAGGGAACUCUUCCCCCGAAGCUUGGAAAUAUGAAAAACUUGGAGAAAUUACUUCUUUCUUCAAAUAAUUUCACAGGGACAAUACCAGAAGCAUAUGGAAAACUAAAGAAUCUCGCUCAGUUUAGGAUAGAUGGGAGCAGUUUAUCUGGGAAGAUACCUAGUUUUAUUGGGAAUUGGACCAAACUUGAUAGAUUGGAUUUGCAGGGCACAUCCUUGGAGGGCCCAAUUCCUUCUAUCAUAUCUGACUUGACAAGUUUGACAGAAUUGAGAAUAUCUGAUUUGAAGGGACCAACUAUGACAUUUCCUAAUCUGAAGAAUUUGAAACUCUUGAUAAGACUGGAAUUGAGAAAUUGCUUAAUCACUGGUCCAAUUCCAAGCUACAUUGGAGAAAUAGAAAACUUAAAAAUUCUAGAUCUGAGCUCCAACAGGCUGACUGGUCCAAUCCCAGAUUCAUUUCAAGACUUGGGAAAAUUGAAUUACUUCUUUCUGACUAACAAUUCUCUAAGCGGACGAAUUCCUGAUUGGAUAGUGAACUUAAAACAGAAUGUUGAUUUAUCUUUGAACAAUUUCACAGAGACUUCUGCAUCUAGUUGCCAGAUUUUGGAUGUGAAUAUAGCUUCCAGCCACUCUCCCUCAGCAAACACUUCAUUAUCUUGUUUGAAGAGGAACCUACCUUGCUCAGGAAAACCCCGGUUUCAUUCACUGUUCAUAAACUGUGGAGGAUCUGCAAUAAAGUCUGAGGGCAAUGAAUAUGAAGCAGACCCCAGUCUACGUGGCAUUUCAAACUUUGUUGCUAGUGAUAGUGGCAAAUGGGCUUAUAGUAGCACCGGAGUAUAUCUAGGAAAUGAAAAAGCUGAUUAUGUAGCAAAAAAUCAGUUUUCUUUGAAUAUUAAUGGCCCUGAAUACUACCAAACAGCCCGCAUGGCCCCUGUGUAUCUUAAUUACUAUGGCCUUUGCAUGCUGAACGGCAAUUAUAAAGUGAAACUUCAUUUUGCUGAGAUAGUGUUCUCUAAUGACCAUAACUUCAGCAGCCUUGGGAAGCGUGUAUUUGAUAUUUCAAUUCAAGGUAUUAAGUAUUUGAAAGAUUUUAAUAUUGUGCAAGAAGCUGGUGGAGUUGGUAAAGGAAUCACUAAGGAGUUUAAAGUGGAUGUCGAUAACAACACCUUGGAAAUCCAAUUAGCAUGGGCAGGGAAAGGAACUAAUGCCAUGCCUAUAAGAGGUGUAUAUGGACCUCUUAUAUCUGCCAUCACUGUGACCCCAAACUUUAAAGUUAUUAGACAUGGGCUGACUACUCGAACAACUGUUGGAAUUGUGGCUGGGGCAUGUGCGAUUGUCAUAUUGAUACUCUUUGCUCUUUGGAAGAUGGGUUUCCUUUGUAGGAAAGAUCAAACAGACCAAGAACUUCUAGGUCUGAAAACAGGUUAUUUCAGUUUAAGACAAAUUAAAGCUGCUACUGAUAACUUUGAUCCAGCAAAUAAGAUAGGUGAAGGAGGUUUUGGACCAGUAUACAAGGGUGUACUGUCAGAUGGUGCUGUGAUUGCUGUUAAGCAACUCUCCUCGAAAUCAAAGCAAGGAAAUCGGGAAUUCAUCAACGAAAUAGGCAUGAUAUCUGCUUUGCAGCAUCCAAAUCUUGUGAAACUUUAUGGCUGUUGCAUUGAAGGAAACCAGUUGCUGCUAGUAUAUGAAUACAUGGAGAACAAUAGUCUUGCUCGUGCACUUUUUGGUAAAGAAGAACAGAGGAUGCACUUGAACUGGUCCACAAGAAUGAGGAUUUGUGUGGGGAUUGCAAGGGGAUUAGCUUAUCUUCAUGAGGAGUCAAGGUUGAAAAUAGUACAUAGGGAUAUUAAGGCAACCAAUGUGUUACUGGAUAAGCAUCUCAAUGCCAAGAUAUCUGACUUUGGUUUAGCCAAACUUGAUGAAGAAGAGAAUACACAUAUCAGCACAAGAAUAGCUGGGACAAUUGGUUACAUGGCUCCUGAAUAUGCCAUGCGUGGUUACUUGACCGACAAAGCAGAUGUAUAUAGUUUUGGAGUUGUAGCUUUAGAGAUUGUUAGUGGAAAGAGCAACACAAAUUAUAGGCCAAAGGAAGAGUUUGUAUAUCUCUUAGAUUGGGCCUAUGUUCUCCAAGAGCAAGGAAACCUUCUGGAGUUAGUGGAUCCAAGCCUUGGUUCAAAGUACUCCAAAGAAGAGGUAAUGAGAAUGCUUCAUUUGGCACUAUUGUGCACCAAUCCUUCUCCCACACUUAGACCACCUAUGUCAUCGGUAGUGAGCAUGCUUGAAGGAAAAACUCCAAUUCAAGCACCAAUAAUCAAACGCAGUGACAGUGCACAAGAUGUAAGAUUCAAAGCCUUUGAGAUGUUAUCACAAGACAGCCAAAGUCAUAUUUCUUCUGCAUACUCACAAGAUAGUAUAGAGCAAAGAAGCAAAUCAAUGGGGGGACCAUGGGCUGACUCCUCCUUAUCUAUUCCAAGUAUAAUCGAUUAUUCUUCAACCAAUAAACUUGUUCCAAGUUCCAAUGACGUGUGAUUUCCUAGUUGGGGAAGUUGACUCAUUGAACUCAAAUUCUUGUGUAAAGGAUAUAAAUAGUAACCAUUCAGAGAAUCAGAGUUAUAGCAGCAUACAUACAAAAAUUUGGUGUUGAAGUCAAACAUCAAAUUUCAAGUGUAUAGAAGAUUUUUCGUUGUUUAAUAUAUAUGGAGGUUUUAAGGCA